ACUGAUAUAUACAUACAACGCCACUCCCGGCUCACUCUCUCUUCUUCCCAUCGAACCAAAACCCAAUUUUCAUCUUUUUCUUUGGGCCCUCUGCUUUCCAGACCCACCGGAGAGCGCAAUCAAAGGAGUGGUAGCCAUCAUUAUACCUUAAAGAACCAGCAACCCUUUGCUUUUUUAAAGCUCUUUAAAUCUCCCUUGAAUCGAUAUCUCUCACGUAUAAUCUCAGAAAACUGCGCUUUGCUUUUUCAUGGCGUCUAAGGCGGAGGAUUUGGAUGACUGUGAGUUUUGGCUUCCGCCGCAGUUUCUCGCCGAUGAUGACCUCAAGAAGGGUGAGCCCGGCACUGGGUUUCUGUACGGCGGGUUUCCGAGUUCACCCGUUGAGUCGGUGAACGAGACGGAGAGUGACGAGGAUGAUUUCAUUUCUGGGUUAACCAGGAAAAUGGCGCGCUCCACUCUGGAAGACGACUCUGAUUUUGAAUAUAAUUGCGGGAAGGCGUGGCGUUUGUCUGGUUCGCCGCAAUCAACGCUGUGCGGGAUUCUAGGUGGCGGGUUGGGGUGUAACCAGGUUUCGAGCCGUGGAAGUACAAACUGUUCUUCCCGUGCCUCCUCUCCUCCCCUGCCGGCGGAACUGCCCGGAAAGGCCGACGGGGGAGCUUGGGAUCUGCUUUUUGCGGCCGCCGGCGAUGUUGCAAGAAUGAAGAUGAUGGAGGAAUCAGCCGCCGCCGCUAGGCUUUACCCCAACCAAAAUGGAAUCUGGGCUCCUCCCAGAAAUGCUAGCCCAGUCGGCGUUCCUUCUCCCAAAACCUCCAUGCCCCAGAGCCUAGGCUUGAUGAACUCAAAUCAACUUCCCCAGCACUCGAAUUAUCAAGAAUUACACAUGGCUCAACUUCAAAGGUUGAAGCAACACGAGAUGGGGAUGCAGGGUAGGAAUGGCAGGGUGGGUUUGAUUCCAUCUCUGAACAGCAACCACCCACAGGCUAAUCUGUCUUCUUGGCCUACCCCCCAACAGUCUCUACAGCAGCCUUGCCGUGGCUCAGGCAUGAGAGCCGUGUUCAUUGGAAAUCCAGGUGGUGCUAAAAGGGAGUGCUCCGGAACCGGCGUUUUCCUCCCCAGAACAGUGGGAACCCCUGCCGAGCCCCGCAAAAAGCCAGUGUGCUCAACAGUUUUGCUGCCGGAGAAGGUUGUCCAUGCCCUCAACUUGAAUUUGGAAGCUCGGGGCCAUCAGCCUCAGCUUCUUCAACCCAGAUACACUCAUCUUCAUGGUAUAUACUUUGUUUCUGACGGUGCUGGGUUGAAGAACCAACGGAGUAAUGGGCGAGUGCAGGCACAACAGAGGCGCAAUCUGAGGCCAUCGCCAGCGUGCUCUGUCAGCCAAGAGCUGCGGUUACCUCAGGAAUGGACCUACUGAUAACCAAAGCCCCAAGCCAUCUAUUAGCAGUAGCAUCAUAUGUUUCUUUCAGGAAGCCUCUGCAAAAGAGGUGACGAGUGAUUUUGAAGAUAUAUAAAUAGUAUUUGCAAAAAUAAAAGAAGAAUAGGAUGGAUAAGUUAUGAUAGUAGACUAUAGUAAUGGUAGUUUAAGGUUAGGAAAAUAGGAAGAAAUGGGUAGUUUUUGGUUUUGGUUGUUGUCAGGUUAGAGGAAAAAGAAUAAAAGAAACACAACACAACACAAAACACAGCUUUUUUGGAUGAUGGGUCCAAUGAAGAAGUGGAUUUGCAGUUUUCAAUCUGCUCAAAACAGCAAGAAUGGAUGAGUGGAUGUGUAAUGGGAGAUCUACAAG